GACCGGAGGGGCCGCGCGGGCUGUGCCAUGGAGACGGGCCUGCUGCCCGGCCCGCGCGGCCCCGCCGCGGCUCCGGAGGCGGGAGCGGCCUGCUGCCGGCACCGGGGCGAUGUGGAGGUCUAAACAACAACUGGCUCUAGCAGCUGAGCGAGAAUGGAUUCUGAAACAGAGUAAUAUGCAAACAGAACUUAACUGGCAGCAGCUUUGUAAGAAUGCUGAAUGUAAUUGGUAUCAGAAAUCAGAGGAUCCAACAUGCAGCCUAUGUUCAUCAAGAGAGGAGAUAUUUCAGCAUGAUGAUGAAAGUUCUUUGUGCAAAUAUAACCCUGCUUUGGAAAUAAAAAAGCUGCAGGAACAGAAUGCCAACCUUCGGGCUGCUAUUGCACAAAUGAGGGAAGAAAUGGAGAGUCUUAAUGAGCAGAUGUUGUCUUCUGUUCCUCAAACAGAAGACAGACAGCUUGCAGAGCAAGGUUCAUUGAGCACAAACAAAAUUUCAACUGGGACCACACUAAGCAACACCAAAAUCUGUUCAACUAUGCUGGAUUGUAUAAUAAACCCAGACACAGAAGAGUGGCCAGAACCCAAAGUUCUUGAAGAAAACAUGGUAAAUUUUGGACAACAGCUACCUGAUGUAGGUACUGGUAUUUGUUGUCAAUAUAAUGUCAAACACACUCUACAAGGAAUGCAAAAUAAACUCAAGGAAGCAGCAAGAAAAAUUUCAAUUCUGAGCCAAGAGAAGCGUCAGCUGAUUGAAAUGGGAAACAGACUCAGGGCAGAACUUGGAAUGGUGUUAAAGGAAGGAGUCUGGCAUCCUGUUAGCUCUAAACACUGCACAGUUUGUAUUGCCUCUGGUAGUCUUCUUCCAAGAGAACUUGUCAAAAGAACACAGUGUCAGCUAUCAGUUCUAAAGCAUCUACAGCACAGACUCACAACACAGGAGCUGCAGUGCACAAGGCAACAGCAUCCUUCAAGGCUGUCUUCUCUUACUGCCUGCCCUAGCUUGAAGGAAGAAGAAGCUCCAAGCAGCUGUGGAGAAGAAACAGAAUUACCAUCCAGUGAGAUACGGCAUCAAGCCUUUUUCUACUCAGUCCUCAGAAGAACACCAGCCAGGGGGAGUUUGAAGUUGUACAUUCGAUCAAGCAAUCUGAAGAACCUCAGCAAAAUGUCAAAGCCAAGGAUAAAUGUGAAGCAUCAGCUGAAGAUUUGACAGUCAGAGGAGCAAGGCUGGAAGUUCAGCAGAAAUUAAAAUCCAGGAGUUUAUCUUGUGCUCAUCUAUUAAAACCAAAAAUCUCUUAUAGCAUGGCAAAAAUACGCAAUUAUAAUAUUAAAGACUAAUUUCUAUGUUGUCACAUAGGUUCUUUACACAUUUGCUGUUAACUUACUUGGACAUCUCUGUAUCGGGUCUAAUUGUCAGACUCAGUUUUGUAUGUCAGGUUGAGAUAUUUGCAGCCAGAAGAGAGAACAGAUAGCCUGUUUCAUACAGUGAGGCCUAAAAUAAAGGGUUAAUCUGUGUACAUUAUGAGGUUACAGUCUUCACUGUUAAUACAGAUUUAUUUUAAUUAUAUAUGUUAAGAUUUUCUUGCAUCAUGAAUUUAGAAAUGCUCAGUAACAUAUAGGUAAAGCCUUGUGCCUUCAGGCAGGACUUGCAGGACUUCAGCAGAUGUUUUGUUGAGAAACUGUAGAUGUGAUUUAAGCUUAGAAGUGGGAUGCCUCAACCUACUUGUUUUCUAAAUAAUGCAACCGUUAAUCCUGUGGAGCUUUCUACUUGAUAGAAAAGGGUUUAAAAAUAUUGCAUCUGAGUCUGUAUUAUUUCUCAUCUUCUGUAGCUCCUUCCACUUGUUCAGAGAGCAUGAAAGAAUAUAAAAUUAAAUUUCUAUUGUCACA